UGACGUCACAGACCUCCUUCUAGCAACUCCACUCUAGCAUCUACCAUUCCACAAGGAUCGCGGAACCAGGGGCCCAUUGUGGUGGGUGAGGCGGGCGGCUUAUGUGGGUGAGAGGCGGGUGGCGGCUCAGCAGAGAGGUCUGCCGGUUGGGGAGGCUGCAGACUCAUCUGGUCAUGUCCUCCGGUAGCUGUGGCGGCCCGCCAUCCUCCGCAGAGUGCAGGGAGCCGGACAGCCAGACGGUCACCGCCGGCAUCAUCAUCAUCGGGGAUGAGAUCCUGAAGGGCCACACCCAGGACACCAACUCGUUCUUCAUGUGUAAGAAGCUGCGCUCCAUCGGGGUGAAGGUGGAGCAGAUUUCGGUCAUCCCGGAUGAUGUGGACCUCAUUGCCGGGGAGAUAGCGGCCUUCUCCUCCCGAUUCACCUACGUCCUGACCUCCGGGGGGAUCGGCCCCACUCACGAUGACGUCACCUUCGAGGCGGUGGCGCAGGCCUUCGGUGAGAACGUCUUCCCCCACCCGGAGCUGGUGUCCCUGGUGCAGAAGUUCUUUGGGAAGUCGGAGGCCUGGUGCCCGGAGAUGAAGCUGGCGCGCAUCCCCCUCUCGUCCACCCUGCACUACGGGACGGACAAGCGCACCGGCAUCUGCUUCAAGUAUCCGCUCAUCAGCGUGCGCAACGUCUACGUGUUCCCCGGCAUCCCGUCCCUGAUGGAGCGCGCCCUGGAGGGCCUGGACCACCUCUUCCGCAACAACAAGACGCACUUCCACUGCCUCCAGAUCUACGUCAACGCCGACGAGGUGUCCAUCGCGCCCGUCUUAGAGGAAGCCAACGCCCGCCACCGGAGACAUGUCAGCCUCGGCUCCUACCCCGACUGGGGCAACAACUACUACCGGGUGCAGCUGACCCUGGACUCGGACUCGGAGCCCCGGCUGGCGGAGGCCCACAGCUUCCUCAUCCAGCGCCUCCCCCCAGGCGUGGUCGUGCCUUUCGUCAGGGACCCCGUGUCUCGGGCCGCGGCGGAGGUGUACCAGCUGGCGCAGUCAGGUUCCCCCCUCGGAGAAAAGGUUCGGUUGGCACUGCAGACCAUAGAAGGCGCUCUGGACCAGUACGGCCUGGAGAAGGUGUGCGUGGCAUUCAAUGGCGGGAAGGACUGCACCGCGCUGCUGCACUUGUAUCACGCUGCUGUGCAGAGGCGCUAUCCGGAGCAGAAGCUGCAGGCCCUGUACAUCCGCAUCGUCUCACCCUUCCCAGAGAUGGAGCAGUUCAUGCAGGACACCACCAAACGGUACAGUCUGCAGAUCUUCACCAUCCAGGGUGACGUGAAGCAGGCGCUCAUGGACCUGCAGGUGCAGCAGCCGCAGUUGGAGGCCAUACUGAUGGGGACCCGCCGCACCGAUCCCUACUCCCGCUCGCUGACUGCCAUGUGCCUGACGGAUCCUGACUGGCCCCGGUACAUGAGGGUGAUGCCCCUGCUGGACUGGUCGUACCGCGACAUCUGGGACUUCCUGCGGACGCUCUACAUCCCGUACUGCAUCCUGUAUGAUAAGGGGUACACGUCUCUGGGCAGCACGGAGAACACGGUGAAGAACCCGGCUCUGCGCUACGUCACCCCGGCGGGCGUGGAGAGCUUCCACCCGGCAUACUUGCUGGAGAAGGAGGAGGAGGAGCGGACGUCCAGGACGUAACGUGCCAGCGUGCUGCCAUGUGGCAUCUGUCUGUGCAGAGUCAGUGACCCGGGGAGAAGGCCGCUCUGUGGUGUCAGCACUUAGCUCUGCUGUAUCAGCGGCUGUCGCGCAGCGGGAGGGCCCCGCCCCUGUCACCGAGCUCCACCCCCUGAUUCCAGCAUUCUCCAGGCCCUGCUGUGCAGCUGAUAAAUUGCCCCCCCCUCUGCCGCUGUCCAGACGAUGAUCCCGUUCAGGAGAGCGCACCGUACUGUGCCCACACUGUGCCACGCAGAGCCGCACCGCCUUAUGCCCUUUCCUCAGUUUUCCAUAGGACAGGUGCUCCGGAGUUUGACGCUGCCGCGGUACAAGAACGUCCUGGGUAUGAGCUGGGGCUCCUCAAUGCUGCAGGGCCUGAAGGAGUGCUUGUACUUCCUGCUGUGCUGCUGGUGCCUGAAGGAGCUGCUGGACUAGUGGAGACGUGUGCGCUGC